AGAUGGCAACAUUACAAGUCGCCAUUUUGUUCACGUGUUGCUCUGAGCAAGUAUAAUAUUUUUUGACAUUCUUUGAUAAAGAAAUAUUAGAAAAAUGGCAACACAGGAUAAAUUAACUCGAAUUGCAAUAGUUAAUAGUGACAAGUGUAAGCCAAAACGAUGUAAACAGGAAUGUAAGAAAUCUUGUCCAGUUGUUAGAAUGGGUAAAUUAUGUAUCGAAGUAACUCCAAAUGACAAGAUUGCAGCUAUCUCUGAAGAACUUUGUAUAGGAUGUGGUAUAUGUGUAAAGAAAUGUCCUUUUGAAGCUAUAUCAAUUAUUAAUCUUCCUAGUAAUUUGGAAAAAGAUACAACCCACAGAUAUAGUCAAAAUUCUUUUAAAUUACACAGGUUACCAACACCUAGACCUGGAGAAGUAUUGGGUUUAGUUGGAACCAAUGGUAUAGGAAAAUCAACAGCUCUGAAAAUUUUAGCAGGAAAAUUGAAACCAAAUCUUGGACGUUAUAAUGAGCCUCCAGAUUGGACAGAGAUUCUUACAUAUUUUAGGGGAUCUGAAUUACAAAAUUAUUUCACUAAGAUAUUAGAAGAUGAUUUAAAGGCAAUUAUAAAACCUCAGUAUGUGGACCAAAUUCCUAAGGCAGUCAAGGGUUCAGUGCAACAACUACUUGACAAGAAAGAUGAAAUGAAAAAUCAAGAUAUUGUAUGUGAAAAAUUAGAUUUAAAAAAUGUAAGAGGGCGUAAUGUUGAAGAUCUUUCUGGUGGAGAAUUACAGCGAUUUGCUUGCGCUAUGGUUUGCAUUCAAAGAGCUGAUAUAUUUAUGUUUGAUGAGCCAUCUAGUUAUUUGGAUGUAAAACAAAGAUUAAAAGCUGCUCAAGCUAUUCGUUCACUUAUUCAUCCUGAUAAGUAUAUUAUUGUUGUGGAACACGAUUUAUCAGUAUUGGAUUAUUUAUCUGAUUUUAUUUGUUGUUUAUAUGGAGUUCCUGGUGCCUAUGGUGUUGUUACAAUGCCUUUCUCUGUUAGGGAAGGAAUCAAUAUUUUUCUUGAUGGUUUUGUACCAACAGAAAAUUUACGUUUUCGAGAUACUUCCCUUGUUUUCAAGGUUGCUGAAACAGCUACUGAAGAAGAGAUUAAGAGAAUGUGUCGUUAUGAAUAUCCCAAGAUGCGAAAAAGAUUGGGUGAUUUUGAGUUGGCUGUAGAUCCAGGCACAUUUACAGAUUCUGAAAUAAUUGUUAUGUUAGGUGAAAAUGGAACAGGAAAAACAACUUUUAUUCGAAUGAUGGCUGGACGAUUAAAACCAGAUGAAGGAGGAGAGGUACCCUCAUUAAACAUUAGCUAUAAACCACAGAAAAUAUCUCCAAAAUCUCAAGGUACUGUAAGACAGCUACUUCAUGAAAAGAUUCGUGAUGCAUAUAUUCAUCCACAGUUUGUAGCAGAUGUAAUGAAACCACUUCAGAUUGACAAUAUAAUGGAUCAAGAGGUGCAAAAUUUGUCUGGAGGUGAACUUCAACGUGUUGCUUUGGUACUUUGCCUUGGAAAACCUGCAGAUGUUUAUUUGGUAGAUGAACCUUCUGCUUAUUUAGAUUCUGAGCAACGUUUAGUUGCUGCAAAAGUUAUAAAAAGAUUUAUCCUUCAUGCCAAAAAGACUGGAUUUGUUGUAGAGCACGAUUUUAUCAUGGCCACUUAUCUAGCAGAUCGUGUGAUUGUAUUUGAAGGUAUCCCGUCUGUCAACACGAAAGCUAAUACUCCUCAGACUUUAUUAGCAGGAAUGAAUAAAUUUUUAGAAUUACUCAAUAUUACAUUCAGAAGAGAUCCCAACAACUUCCGACCAAGAAUUAAUAAACUUAAUUCUGUUAAGGACAUAGAACAAAAGAAAGGUGGAAAUUUCUUUUUCUUGGAAGACUACUGAAUACAUUCCUCAAUUAUGAUUGAACAGGCUAUGAGAAAUGCAAAUUCCAAGGAGACCACUAUAAAGGAUAUGAACAAAGCAUGAUUAAAAAGGGAGUUAUUUUUCCCAUAUUUUAUGAUAUGGGCCAAAAUGUUUUCUUAUAGAACUGCUUUUACAUGUCUGAAUCUUUUAUACUAGAAAAUCAAACAGUUUGUUUUUUGUUUCUCCAGGUUGAAAUUUAACCUAAAGAAAAUUGGAGAUUACACACAAAAAAGUUAUAAAAUAAUUAAAAUGUAAAAAUAUUUAUAUUGACCAUAUUUAAUAUAACAUUGCAAAAUUAUUGAAGAUAAAAUUUUAAAAGAGAUAUUUAAAAUGAAAGAGGAUUAAAACAAAAAUAAAUAAAAAAUAUAAUAAAGUUCUGUCAUCUUGGUCACAGCAAUGAAAGUUAUUUUAUUCAUAAAAAUGGUAUUAAAAAAGUUAUGAAAUUAAAAUUGGAAUAAUGAAAAAAUAAAA